AAUUAAAGACUAAAAUUAAUUGGCAAGUGAAAGGUAAACAGGGGUGUUGGCUACUAAACCGUUCGAGUUCUGGAAAGAAUUCUUCAAGCAAAAAUGGAACCAGGCAAGUCCCAAGCUCCUUCUCCUCAUAUACUCAUCUUCCCCCUCCCAAUUCAAGGCCCUGUAAACGCCAUGCUUAAGCUGGCUGAACUCUGUGCCACAGCGGGCCUAAAAGUUACUUUCCUCAACUCUGAGUACAACCACAGCCGCCUGGUUCGUUUUGCCAAUAUUCCUUCCCGUUUCGAUAAAUAUCCUGGAUUCGAGUUCAGGACUAUUUCUGAUGGUCUUCCAGGGGAUCAUCCAAGGUCAGGCAAUCGGUUAAUGGAAAUUUUUGAAGCUAUGAACAUGAGAACCAAGCCGCUUUUGAAAGAUAUGUUGGUCGAGAUGAUCCCACCGGUGGAUUGCAUUAUAGGAGAUGGGAUUUUGGAGUUUGUUCUUGAUGUUGCUAAUGAACUUGGAAUUCCCAUCAUUAACUGUCGUACUAUUGGUGCUUGUUUCUUGUGGUCAAAUUAUUCCAUCCCUGAUAUGAUUGAAGCUGGGGAGCUCCCAAUCAAAGGAAGUGAAGACAUGGAUCGGCCAAUAACAGCCGUGCCAGGCAUGGAGAAAUUUCUUAGGUGCCGAGAUCUUCCGAGUUUCUGUCGAGCCAGUAACAUGUCAGAUUCAACUCUCCUACGGUACGGUACAGUGACACGAAAGAGCUUUACUGCCAGUGGAGUUAUACUCAACACAUUUGAAGAACUUGAAGGACCAAUAUUGUCUCAAAUACGCAGCAAAUGCCCCAAUGUUUACACCAUUGGACCUCUUAAUGAACACUUCAAGACAAGGAUGAGCCUGGAAAAUGGGGUGUCGUCUCAAUCUUCAAACUAUUUUUGGGAAGUGGACAGAAGUUGCAUGUCAUGGCUUGAUAGGCAACCAAAUCAAUCAGUUGUUUAUGUAAGUUUUGGUAGCAUUGCUGUGAUGUCAGAUGAGCAAAUUAUGGAGUUUUGGCAUGGGCUUGUCAACAGUAAAAGGAGAUUUCUGUGGGUUGUAAGGCCAGAUUCCGUGGCUGGAAAAGGCUUCCAGGGAGAGGAUACUCCCAAAGAGCUUGUGGAAGGGACUAAGGACAGAGGGUACAUUGUUGGUUGGGCCGCGCAAGAGGAGGUCUUAAGCCACCGUGCUGUCGGUGGGUUCUUGACUCACAGUGGGUGGAACUCGACCAUGGAGAGCAUAGUGGCAGGGGUGCCUAUGUUAUGCUGGCCUUACUUUGCUGAUCAGCAACUGAAUAGUAGAUUUGUGGGUGAAGUGUGGAAACUAGGGAUAGACAUGAAAGAUGUUUGUGAUAGGAAAGUUGUUGAGAAAAUGGUGAAUGAUCUGAUGGUGGAAAGAAAGGAUGAGUUUGUGAAAUCAGCUGCUGCAAUGGCUAGUUUGGCCAAAGAUUGUGUCAGUGUUGGUGGUCCUUCUUAUUGUAAUUUCGAUCGUCUGAUCGAGGACAUAAAAACCAUAAGCUUGAAGAAUCAUGAUUAGUUGAUAGUUGCUGUCAGAGUUAUGCGGUUGAUGUAUUAAAAUAAGUUGCAAUCACAUGGUGUUCUUCUA